CCCUGCAGCAGUUGGUCACGUGACCGUGCCCACGCGGGAGCGCGUAGCGGCUGGUAUGGGGUCGGUGUUGCUGCUCACGGCGCUGCUGCUGCUCCCGCCGCUGCCGUUUGCCCGCGCUUCCGCUGCCCGGGUCGUGCGGCCCGGCCUGGAGGAGCGACUCUUCCCGCAGGUGAAGGACCACUUCAGCUUCGAGACCUUUGGCAACGAGACCUUCCCGCAGCGGUACCUGGUGUCGGCAAAGUUCUGGAAGAAAGGAUUUGGGCCCAUCUUUUUCUAUACUGGCAAUGAAGGUGACAUCUGGACUUUUGCUCAGAACUCUGGCUUCAUAUUUGAAUUAGCAGAGGAACAGCAAGCACUUGUUAUUUUUGCUGAACAUAGGUACUAUGGGAAGUCUCUUCCCUUUGGACUGGAGUCAACACACUUGAAGAAAACUGCUCUGCUCACCGUGGAACAAGCCCUUGCCGACUAUGCAGUGCUCAUUACUGAGCUUAAGAAGGAGUUUGGUGCUGCAGACUGCCCUGUCAUCGCUUUCGGAGGCAGCUAUGGAGGAAUGCUGAGCGCUUACCUGAGGAUGAAAUACCCAAAUGUUGUGGCUGGAGCAUUAGCCGCCAGUGCUCCUCUGCUGUCUGUGGCUGGGCUUGGAGACCCCACCCAGUUCUUCAGAGAUGUCACAGCAGAUUUUCAGAAGUCCAGCCUAGGCUGUGUCACAGCUGUCCGUAAAGCCUUCCAGCAAAUCAAAGACCUGAGCUUGAGUGGAGCCUAUGAUGAGAUCAGCAGCAAAAUGGCCACAUGCAAUAAGAUCUCUAACAAGGAGGCCAUCUACCAGCUGUUUGGGUUUGCUAGAAAUGCCUUCACCAUGAUGGCCAUGAUGGACUAUCCAUACAAAACCGAUUUCAUGGGUGACCUCCCUGCCAAUCCAGUGAAGGUUGGUUGUGACCAAAUUACUGCCCACAAAGACCCAAUUGAAGGCUUGGCUGCUCUUGUUGGGGUGUUCUACAACUCCUCUGGCUUGGUGCAGUGUUAUGACAUAUACCAGCUGUACCAGUCCUGUGCUGACCCCACAGGCUGUGGCACUGGCUCGGAUGCAGAGGCUUGGGACUACCAGGUUUGCACGGAGAUCAACUUAACAUUUAACAGUAACAAUGUGACAGACAUGUUCCCUGAGAUGCCCUUCACAGAGACUAUGCGUGAGCAGUACUGUUGGAACAAGUGGCGUGUGAGGCCGCGAGCACAAUGGCUGCAGACAAACUUUUGGGGGAAAGACCUGAAAAGUACAAGCAACAUCAUUUUUUCAAAUGGAGACUUGGACCCAUGGGCUGCAGGUGGGAUAAACAGCAGCCUCAGCCCUUCACUGAUUGCACUUACCAUUAAAGGAGGUGCCCAUCACCUUGAUCUCCGGGGACACAACCCAGCUGACCCCCCAUCUGUCACAGAGGUGCGCAAGCUUGAAGCCGGGAUCAUCAGCAGCUGGGUGAAAUCUGCAGCCAUGGAGCGGGUGUGGAAGCAGGGCACAGGAGCUGCACCUGGCAGCCAGCCCUGAGCCAUUCCAUCCCUGCAGCCCCUGGGUGCAGCUGCUAAGUACAUGGCAGCCUGCUGUGCUGGUUCUAGGCUGGCUAGCUGGGACACUAUUCUCUCCUCUGCCAUGAUGGUGGGAACUUUCUUUUCCAAAUCGUCCCACCUACACCUCAUUGAGCAUCAAAAGCAAUGCAAAAGGUCAAUCACUGACAGAAGCCAAAACCACAUUUGCCUGCUCAGAAUGAGCUGUUACAAAGGGCAGCAAUACAGAAAGCUUGCCUGGAAGGUUCAAGAUGCAUCACAGCCCUGAACAGGAUCGUUGCAUGAGGCAACCUUAAGGUUGAAACGAAGUUAUUUUUAGAGAAAUACUUGAGGGCUAGUAGAAAAGCAGAGGUAUGAUCAUGACUGACACAGGGUCAUGGUGAGUUCCACUAGUGACCAGUUAUGUAAAACAGACUGUCAGCCAGGGCUGUGGGUGUUUUGGUUUUAACUUGUCCAUGAGAUUCCAGUUGCUGAGAUGAAGAUUUACACAAAAGAACCCUGGUGUGCACUGCUCUCCCUGAAGGGCUGUGUAUUAGUGACCACUGAAGUACACUUCCACUGAAACAUCUUCAGAGCUUUUGAAAAUCAAUUACAUGUAUAUUAAAAUGUGUAAUAUAAAA